ACACCUAGGGCAUUUUCCGCCAAUAUCCAUCGGCUAAACGUUACACUGUGGCAUGCCGUAGACAGUUCACGGCGCAACUGUUUUUCUGCCACCAAUGAGGAGCCCAAUAAAACAUUUUGAUAUAGGUAUGGAGGACCAAGCGUCUCGCUUACGACCAGACCCAUCCAACCCGUAUUCAGACAUAAAUAUCGGUGUUGCCACAUCUAGUCGGCUUGGGUAGAAACAUAUUCGCGAGUCUCGUGGAUUGGGCUCCUCCAGAACAUUGGUCGAAAGAACCUUUUCGCAAAAUGAAGUACUCAUUGCUCCUCAGAGCACUGCUCUUUGAGAUUCUCUUCCAGCCCUUUGCUUGGACUCUCAGCCAAGCUACGUCGAAUAUUAGGAGUAUUUACCUCUUCAAAGAUGUGCUAAAAUCCGAUACAACAUCGUUGAAGACGUCUGGCUUCAACAGCGUGAUUAUUUUUGGAGUUGGCAUACUAGCAAAUGGAGAUAUCAUGUACUACUCAAAUACACCGGGAAGCAGCGAUGUCCUCGCCGCAUCCAAUGGCACCUAUGUAGGUGGUGCUGAACUAGCCACGAAAGUCCGGUCGUUCAAGACGGGGACAACGGGUAUCAAUCGAGUGGAGAUCUCGAUGAACUCGCAGCACGUAAGAGACCUAAUGGCAAAUCCAGGCCCAGGCUCUUCAACACCUCUGUACCGCAACUUCGCAGCGUUGAAAGCGGCGUGGGGUCUCGAUGCAGUCAAUAACGAUGACGAGUCGCUCUAUGAUGUUGGCAGUACCGUCACUUUCGCCAAAAUGCUAGGUCAAAUGGGAUAUAAAUACACGAUCGCACCAUACACGAAUUCCGCCUUCUGGGUUUCGCUGCUGAGGCAAGCUAAUUCAGGGCUAGCGGACCCAAAUCUGCUGAUCGACCGUGUCUACCUGCAAUGCUACGAUGGCGGCGCGGGAAACAACCCUACGAGUUGGGCUAAUACGUUAGGCCUCAAAGUUGUUCCCCUUGUUUGGGUCACAAACGACUCGAAGCCGUCUUAUGGAACUACUGUCGCGCAGGCUAAGACCAAGUUCACUAGCUGGAAUGCAGCCGGUGGUCUCGCAGGGGGUGGAUACUGGAAUGAUUACGAUAUCGAGAAGAACAGGCUAUCUUAUUCGCAAUAUGGAGGAGUAUUGACAAGUAUCUUCCCCUAGGGUAAUCGAAGGUAUAGGGAAGCAUUUGUUAUUCUUAACUCCAGCUUAAGUUGAAGCAUAAUUAUGAUCCGAAUUGGUGGCCGUAUAUGAAUAUAGGAUCUUCUGAACCAAU